AUGAAGAAGCCCUUCGGAAGGAAGAGGAAGCCCGUCGUGAGCAAUUCUGCUGCAUCCAACGCUUCUCACACUCCGCCGACCCCGAAGGCAACAAUACAACCUCCGAAAGUAUUACCAGCAGAUGCGAGUCCCCAACAUUACCUGGAAUGGAAGCGCGAAUGGUCCGAUUAUGCUGUCAUGGUGGAUCUCCUCAGUCUGCCAUCACCAAAGCAGCAUAUACAGCUACGCAUGUGCCUUACACCUGAGAUGCGACGGGUGCUGGAGCACAAGUUAAACGUGCCCGCAGACCCAACAUGCUCAGUAGAUGAUGUACUGAGAAAGCUCGAGGAGCAUAUAAAAAAUGCCAGUAAUGAGGCGCUGCGACGGAAGGCCUUCUCCGAGAGCAAGCAAGCAGACGGCGAGUGCUUCGAUGACUUUUGGAUACGGCUGAAAAUCUUGUCACAGGAAAUAGACCUUUGCAAGUCUCAGGACCAUACAUGCUGUGAGCAGUGGAUGAAACACGGCAUACUAAUGGGUAUACGUGAUGAGGAACUUACCCAGAAGCUCAUUCAGAUGGACUGUUCAGCGACAUUGCAAGAUGUUUUGGAGAAAUGCAGAGAUAAAAAUGCUGCCCUGAAGCAGAAGUCUAAGAUGAGACCAAGCUCACCUUUGCCUAGUAAAGUAUGGAACUGCUGUGGUCGUCAACAUGAAAAAGGUCUAUGCAGAGCCACUACUUCCACUACUUAUGUCGUGCUUGUGGCAAGAAAGGCCAUUGGCAUUCUACUGCAAAGUGUCCUGCCAGGAAUGCCAGAUGUAAGGUCUGCAAUCGUGUCACAUGCCAGGAGUGUCACCUCUACUGCACGACCUAAACCUCAGCCUUCCCCUAAAGUCUGCAUAUCUAUUCGGCAUAAUGAUUCAUCAGGUAGUCUUGCCAUCAUUCCUGACACAGGUGCAGACACAACUGUCAUUGGACUCAAGCAUCUUAGUAGUCUUGGACUUUCAAAAGAAGACUUGGCACCACCGGCAGAGACAGUGUACUACAAUGCAGAUGGGUCACAGAUGCCACCAGUGGCUGGAUCAUUUUGUGGAACCAUCACCAAUGGCGACCGUUCGACUACAUGUUGGAUUGAUGUACAGCCUUCGCUUACGACCCCGCUGCUCUCUUGGAAGGCGUGCAAGGAUUUGGGGAUUGUUCCGGACUACUUCCCCAGGCAAAUGUCGAAUGUGCACAUGGCCAAUCGAGUCCAUGGGCCGGAUAGUACGCCAGUAUUGAACCCCUCUCAGUUGCCGCCUUUACCGCUGGACCAGUUGAAGUUACCUGAAGAAGCAAGGAAGUAUUUUCCUGCAUCAGUAUGCAGACGUCUUGGUGAAGAAGGACGACUUGCAGAACCAACGAGAAAGGAGCUUGAGUCAUUAGUGACCCAAGGCAUCUUGAAGCCAGUAGAGGAUGAACCAUCAGAAUGGUGUCAUCCAAUGGUUGUUGUCCCAAAAGUGAAUGGUGGUGUUCGUAUUACCACUGACCUGUCAAAACUCAACAGGUAUUGUCGUGGCCCCAUGGGUUUUGCUGCAACAGGAAACGCCUUUUGUCUCCGAGGUGACAGGGCACUUCAGGGAGUAACGAACUGCAUCAAAGUUGUGGAUGACAUUCUCCUACAUGAUGAGGACUACAUCUCACACCUUCAAUGUGUAAAUGAAGUCCUGUCAAGGUGUCGUCAGCACGGGAUGACACUUAAUGCAGAGAAGUUCAUUGUGGCUGCAUCUGAGGCCAGCUUCUGUGGGUACAAACUAUCAAGAUAUGGUAUUGAAGCAGACCCAGAGAAGGUGAGGGCCAUCACAGAGUUUCCCACCCCUGCGAACUUAACAGAUCUUCGGUCAUUUAUGGGCUUGGUAAAUCAACUGGCUGAGUUUACACCCAAGAUUUCGACCACUGCAGCACCGCUCCGCCCAUUGAUGAGUCCAAGAAGAACUUUUGCUUGGACAGCGGACCACACCAAAGCUUUUAUUGACACUAAACAAGCUUUGUCAAAGCCACCCAUACUUGCGACGUUUGAUCCAGCUCUUCCUACCAUUCUGCAGACCGACGCCUCUAGACUCUAUGGCCUCGGCUAUGUGUUGCUGCAGGACCACGGUGCUGGAAGAUACAAGAUGGUGCAAUGUGGAUCUCGUUUCUUGACAGAUACAGAAACACGGUAUGCGACCAUCGAAUUGGAAAUGCAAGCUGUCGUUUGGGCUAUCAGCAAGUGCAAGUUCUAUCUUCGUGGACUUCAGCACUUCAGUUUGAUGACAGAUCACCAUCCAUUGGUUCCUAUUUUGAACCAUUAUUCUCUGGAUGCUAUUGAAAAUCCUCGCCUCCAGCGCAUGAAGGAUAAAAUCGCACCCUAUAUUUUUACUGCAAUGUGGCGUGCAGGUAAGGAGUUGUGCAUUCCUGAUGCCCUCUCCCGGUCACCUGUGAGUCACCCAACGGUGGAAGAUGGUACCUUCAAUACUGAGAUGGACACUUCUGUCAAGAUUGCGGUUUUGCAUGCUGUCAAGUCUGUUCAAGCAUCAGACGCUAUAGACGAGCAAGAGGAUCUCUUCAUGGAAGAAUUGCGUAUGGCUGCAUCUAAGGAUGCCUCAUAUGAAGAAUUGCUUCAUAAUGUAAAGUCAGGGUUCCCCAGUGACCACUACAACCUGCCAAGUACCCUGCGUCUGUACUGGAAAAUUCGCAAUGAGCUGUACAACGAUGGUGACUUGGUGCUGUAUUGGACCUAG